AUGGCAAACAACACAUAUAAGGAAUGCAGGGAAAAAAUUUGUGCUAUCAUUUAUGAGAUUUGGAAUGCUCGAAAUAUUUUUGUCUUUCAAGAGAAGAACAUACCUCCACAAGAGAUCAGCAACACCGCUUUCAAACGUCUUCACGAGUAUCAAGCCCAUGGAGAGAACCACAUCCUGAACCAAUCAACUAAGUCCAAAGGUUGCAGUAACAAUAUUAGUUGGAGUCCACCGCUUAGGGGCAUCCUGAAAGCCAAUGUGGAUGCUCACCUAAGCAGUGAUGGCCAUUGGUUUUCAGCUCUAGGGCUAAAUGCUACUCUCGAUUGGAUUGAAAAGCUGGAAGAAAGGCAAGUGAUUAUGUCGAUGGAUUUGCAAAUUAUUGUAACAACUAUCAAAGGGAAAGCAGAGAUAAGAAAGGGUUGGGGUGGAGUAGUUCGGCGCUGCAUCACGUUCUUGGAGAGUAACCCUAAUUCUGAUAUUAGGUGGGUUCAAAGAGGAGCGAACCGGGUCACCCAUGAGUUAGCCAAAUGGGCCGAAUUUGAGCCCAAUAGUGAAUGGAGCAACUGUGUACCUAUGUGUAUAUGGCCUCUUAUCCAAAAAGAAAAAAGUCUUGUAAUCCCUGUCUAA